CGUUGUUAUCCGGCAGGAAACCAGAGAAAAGACUUCAACCGGAAUGUGACAUUUUCAUUGUAAAAGUCAUCGGCACGCGGAGACGUAACAAACUAAAUGUGAAUAUUUAACCGCCGCCCGUGCGACGUGCGCGUGAGAUUCGAUCGCUUCCUGCUUUCCAGCUUCUUCGUCUCUCGGGAGAGAAAUUAAAAAAAAAAAAAAAAAAGCUCGGAUCAGACCAACGCGCGGAGAUGGAUCACGCGCGACCGCAGGACACGCAGCAGAACAAGGGCUCCAUGCUGCGGCACCGGGAACACGCCGCCGACGAGAGGCCCGCCGACGGCUCGCCGCGUCCCGCCGACUCGAAGAGGCUGAUCAGGAGAGUGCGAAGUCCAUCCAGGCCGAGGGCGCGGCUGGACAAUUCCUACAAGGCGAAGUUCGGAGGGCGUUUCCACGGACCUCAAUCCCCGAGGGAAGACCACUCGUUCUACAAACCCGGCUCCUCCAACCAGAGGUACCACCCCUUCGACCCCCGGGCCGACUUCCACCGGAGGGACCACUUCCAGCACAAACCCCCCCACGCGGCGCCGAGCGAGAGGGAGCGCUACGAAAAGAGAGAGAGCGCCGAUGGGAGUUCACCGUCCAAACAGAACAACGCUACCGGGCCGUUCGUACCCAGAUGCAGCUCCAGCAGAGACAAGGACGCGCCGCUCAGCAGCGACAGGAACCAAAGCCGAGAGCGAGAUCACACGGGGACCCGAAGCAAAGAGAGGGAGCGAAGCCGAGACGGGGAGCUUCCCCCGGCAACGCGAGACCGAGCCAUCCAACAGAAGAGGAAAGAGAUAGACGAGGUGUACUACCAGGAGUGUGAAAUGUUCGGCCUGGUGGCGAAGAUGCUGAUCGCCAAGGACCCCACCCUGGAGCGCCCCAUCCAGUCGGCGCUGCAGGAGAACCUGCGGGACAUCGGCAAGCGCUGCGUGGAGGGCAUGGAGAAGUUCAUAGCGGACUACGACGCCGCGGAGGCGUCCCGCUAGCCGGGAAGUGUUUCAUAAUACUACUUCAUGGGAUUUUUCUACGCUGCUCCUUUUGAUAUCCGGGGUGAACCGAUCUUUUUUUUGUGGGGGGGGGGGGGGGAAU